AUGGGCAGGAUCGGCAUAAAAAUCGCCAUGCCUUGCGGAUUGCCUCAUGUCGUGUUUAGGGGGGAUCGGCGACUCGAGGGCCAUCUUACCGGCUGCCGAGGGAACCAGCGUGACAGAGGUUUGAUGGUGUGGAAGUCUCGGCAGGGCAUGGGCGAGUAA